AUGGUAUUCUUUCUAGAUGAAGACAGCAGUUCUUCGAGUAGCGAGGAUUGGCGGCGAAGACAAGACAUUUCCGAAAAAAAGUUUCACGCAAGGUAGUUUAUCACAAAAAAAAUGACGAAAAAAAAAAUUAUAGCUUCCCCGUCCAAGUUUCAACUCUAUUAUGGCGAAACAUGAUGACUGUAUUGCGAGAACCGACUUUGUUGAAAGUCCAGUUGAUGCAGAGUAUUGUUAGUUUAAAAGUUUUUAAUCAUUUUCUUGCAGUUUUCUCGCGAAGAAAUUAAUUCAAUUUUGGGAUAUUCACACCCUUUUUAUUAAAUUUGAUUUUUUUGAAAUUUUUUGCCACUAACGUUUUUUUUAAAUUGCUGAGCUCAAUUUUGAAGAUCGUGGCUCUUCUGACUGGGUUGGUUUACCUGAAUAACAAUGUGGAACAGAGAAAGGUGAUGAACAUCAACGGCGCCAUGUACACUAUGGUCACCAACAUGGCUUUCAUGUUUCAAUAUAGUACUGUGCAUGUGAGAAGUUCUUAUUUAUAAGAAACAAUUAAAUUUUUUUCAGCAUUUUUGUUUCGAAAUCAACACUUUUUAUCGGGAAACGCAAGGAGCGCUCUAUAGGGUCAGCGCCUACUUCAUCGCCAAAAAUAUUGCGGAGGUGAGUUAGAAAUAAAGGUCGAUUAGAACUUUGAAAAGCCAUCAAUUUUUGAACUCAUAAACACGAAACUUAUUUUUUUAUAUGAAAUCCUGUUUUUAUCAAUUUUUUCUCGUCAAUCAAAAAAAUUUAUGAUUUUAUACAAGAAAAUAGAAUGAGGCGAUUCUUUCAGUUGCCUUCCUACGUCCUCUCGGCCGUUGUUUUCACCACAAUCCUCUAUUGGAUGUCUGGAUUGUACGCCUCUUGGGAAUCUUUCCUGAUCUACGUCCUCGUUGGUGUUCUGAUACAAAAUAUCGCUGUUUCAAUAGGUUUCAGCAUCAAAAAAUGAAGAAAUUGAUAAAAAAAUUUCAGGGUACAUGUUCUCGUGUGUUUUCGGCAGUUUGCAAGUAGCCGUAGCAUUUUUGUCCAUUUUUGUCAUCCCGAUGAUGGCUUUCGGAGGUGGAGAUUUUUAUGCUCGAACUUGAAAUAGGGGACUUUUUCUGAAGUUCUUGUAAGAAUUAUCAUCAUUAGUUUGUACCUUAUUUCUCUUUUCAUUUUUUUCAUUUUCAAUCAGAAGUCGAGGAAAGGUUUCAAAACAGGUUCAUUCCAAUAAUUUAGGCCCUUACCGUUAGAGUAUUUUCUUUGAACCUAGAGAAUCAUAUGGAAUAUCACAGUCUUUCAUAACCCAGAAAUAAUCCUUGAAAUCCUUUUUUAUUUCGAAAGUUAUAUAAAUUUCUCAUUUUUUUUUUCAAAGUAGUUGGUCUUUUUUUCUUCUAAAUAAUCAUUUUCUCAGGCUUCUUCAUCAAUCAGGCUUCUCUACCGGCCUACUUCAUCCCAUUCAAAUACGUAUCCUACUUCGGAUACGGUUUCGAAGCGCUCGUUGUGAAUGAAUGGUCACAUAUCGACGAGAUUCCUGGUAAUCUUGAAGAGUUUUCGAAUUUCAAGCCUUCAAAAUGACUCAGGUUGCACGAAACCGGGAACCCAUGGAUGCUACGGAUCCGGCAGUGACGUCAUCAGAAUGUUGAGUUUCAAGGAGCGCAAUUUGUGGCCGGACAUUGGCGUAAUGGCCGGCAUGAUCCUGAUUUUUCGAUUUAUCGCUUUUUCGGCCCUUUAUAUUCGUGUCAAAGUGAGAAGAUAA